GAGUCUCCAGAGGCGGCGAAUUUGGCAAAGGAGAAACUCAAUGGCAAACUUCUUAACGGCCAUAAAGUCUCCAUCCAACACUUUAAGUCUCGUAAGGAGCGCGAGACUGAGAGGAACCACCACACCCAGGUCUUCAUUAACAAGCAGAAGACCUUACUGAGACCAGAACACCAGAAUAACCCUGUCCAUCCUAACGUGCAGAAGAUGAAGAAUGUGCAGACUCAGAAUAUGACUCCCUUCACACCAAGCCAGAAGGUAGAGCCAAAUAAAGAAAAUGCCCCAGCAGUAAACACAGUUCCUGCUGUAGAAGAGCGCACAACUGUGGAUGAGAAACCAGCUUUACCUCAAGUUCCAGCUGUAGAACAGAGUCCAGCUCCAUCUCAUGUUCCAGCUGUAGAACAGAGUCCAGCUCCAUCUCAUGUUCCAGCUGUAGAACAGAGUCCAGCUCUACCUCAAGUUCCAGCUGUAGAACAGAGUCCAGCUCCAUCUCAUGUUCCAGCUGUAGAACAGAGUCCAGCUCCAUCUCAUGUUCCAGAUGUGCAGGAUGUAUCCAUGGCUGCAGCACCUCAGAAGCGCUUAACUAUUUACAUGUUGGAGUCUGCAGAUUUUGAAAUGCAGAUCCAGAUGGCACAUGAUCAUCUGUUGCCUCUGGUAGAGAAAAUCCACCCGGCUGAAGCGAAUAAAAUUUCAUGGAUGCUGAUUGGGAGUAAAAACAACUUUGAAAUCAUGAACAUGAUUUCUGAUCCUGAUCUUCUGCGAGCCAAAGUGGAUGAAAUGAACAUGAUCCUAAAAACAGGAGAAGCAGGAGUCAAGUCGGAAACAAAGAUGCUCUUUGGCACAAAGAAAAAGAGGAAGAACAAGAAGAAAAAUAUAUAUUUAUAAUAAUAAUAAUUAUAAUUUUUUUAAAUAUGAUAUUAAUAUUGCAUGUUAUUAUAUUUUUUUGUUUAUAUACUUCUUUUUUUCU